CCCCCUGCAGUGCCGAUAUAUCCAAGGGGCAGACAGUCAGUGCAUCGGAAGAAGAACGAGUACCAGGGCAAGAGGCGUUACCAUGCAACCAACCAGCAGCAGCAGCAGCGCUCAACCUGGAAGAAACCAUAGAGGAAACUUACCCUGGUUGCAGGGCUGUUAUCGGGGAGGGUUUGAAGAAGAAUGGCUACCUGGAGGAGGCAAUCGAGACAGCUAUUUCAUCUUUGUCAAAGUCUUCCAUUAGUCAGUACAAUCACGGACUCAAGUUAUGGUGGAACUGGUGUAAGUCGCGAAAGAUUUCCUAUUUGAGGAAUUCAAUCAACGAGAUUUUGAAAUUUUUAAUGGAGCAAUUUCACAAAGGUGCUUCUUACAGUGCACUGAACACAAUGAGGUCGGCCCUCUCUCUUCUGAUCUCACCAGAGAUAGGAUCCGAUUUCCGGUUACGAAGAUUUUUAAGAGGAGUUUAUAGACUCCGGCCUUCCUUACCCAAGUACAACAUAACUUGGGAUCCAAAAAUCGUACUUGACUAUUUGGCUCCUUUCUUUCCUAAUGAGGAGAUUGCAUUGGAGGCAUUAACCCUCAAAUUAGUCACAUUAUUGGCUAUUAUAACAGCGCAUCGAGUCCAGACACUAGCUGCAAUCGAGGUUGAAAAUGUAGAGGUGAGUGACAGUCAGAUCACCAUAAAGAUUCCGACCAGGAUCAAAACAUCAGGCCCUGGAAAAUGUCAGCCAUUACUGUUGAUCCCCUUUUUCGAUGAAAAACCGAGCAUUUGCCCUGCCAGGACCCUCAUGACGUAUUUGGAGAGAACAAAGCCACUAAGAUGUACCACAAAGGUUGUUUAUUUCCUUCAAGAGACCCUAUGCACCAGUCUCGAGCCAGACUCUGAGCAGAUGAAUAAAAUCCACAUUGCAGAAAAGUGGCCUUGA